AUGUUUGUUAUGCAUAGCACCUGCGAGGAAGACGAUCCUUGCAAGGAGAGUAAAACUUGUGCUGUUGACUACAAAUCAAACACUCAUUUUUGUAAGUGUAUUAGAGAUUGCCCGGCAAAGAACUGUCUAGAUUAUUAUCAAAAUGGUUCCAAAAUCGACGGUGUGUACUGGGUUUACCCUGAUGAAGAACACCCCUUUCAAGUGCUGUGUGACAUGACAACUGAUGGUGGAGGAUGGACCACCUUUCAAAGGCGCAUGAAUGGCUCCGUAGACUUUUAUGUCGACUGGGAAUCAUACAAAAAGGGCUUUGGAAAUCUGGAGGGCGAGUUUUGGCUCGGAAACGAUUAUCUUCACCGUCUGACAGCAUCUGCCAGCAUGGUGUUUCGAAUUGAUGUGGAGGAUUACGAAGGCGACCGACGAUUUGCCGAGUACACGACUUUCGCUGUGGCCGACGAAAGCGAUGAUUAUCGAGUGACAAUCGAUGGAUACCGAGGCACCGCUGGCGAUGCAUUGGUUUCCCUUGAUAGGCCCAUCAGAAAUAUGAGGUUUACAACCAAAGACAAAGAUAACGACGUUAAAAUCAGCGGAAACUGUGCGUUAGACUAUAAAGGUGGUUGGUGGUACAACUACUGCCAUAACGCCAAUCCAAAUGGUUUGUACAAGGGCGGAGAUAGUCCUCAUAGAACUAAAAGUUUUGUCCAGCGGAGUGCAAUCUUUGACAGGGAGAUGCAUAGAACUACUACGCUGUCCGCAUGA